AUGAGCCAGGGGGAUCGGCUGGCGUCUUACCAGAAUCCUCGGAUCAACAAACACGAGCAGGAAGACAUUCCCACAGAAGGGAAACCUGGACCGAUUCUUCCCGCCUGGUCUGAAGUGCCUCCCUCUGUGCCCCCCCGCCCCCUCCUCCAGUCCCAUCCGCCGCCAGCAGAGCUUCUGCCCAUGGACCUCAAGACGGUGCCAGCCUCCCGAGAGCAGGGUUGGUAUUUGAAGCUGAUGGCCCCCAACACCAAGGGCCCCUCCUACGCCUGGCUGGACCCCUCUCGUCUUUACUGCCACCCCCAGGCCUUGCAGGACUGCGUGGAAGAUUUGGUGCAACCGUUUCGGGACGAUGCCAUCGACCAAGUGGUUGGCAUUGAUGCCAUGGGGUUUGUACUGGGUGCUGCCAUUGCCCUCACCCUCCGAAAGGGCUUCGUGACUAUCCGGAAAGCCGGCCACCUCUGCGUCGAGACUCGCACCCAGACCUACAGGGACUACACGGACCGUGAGAAAGUGAUGGAAACCCGCACAGAUGCCAUCGGUCCAGGUGUCCAGGUUCUGCUGGUGGACCAGUGGGUAGAGACAGGGGGCACCAUGCAGGCCGCCAUCCAGCUGGUGGAACGUCAAGGUGGUGUGGUGGCAGGUAUCGCUGCCAUCUGCAUCGAGGACAGUGACGGCGGCCGCUGGCUGAAGUCCCACUACAAGUGGUCCCACUGCGUGGACCCCUCCCUGAUGCCCCAGUUCAACGCUCACCAGCUGGACUCCUUCCAGGCUUUCCGGACGAGCCUCCCCAGCCAGGAGCAGCCGGCAAGGCCCCCGAGCCAGGCCUUCGAACCAGGGGACGGCGGCAGCCCUGCUUAGCCUGGGGAGGCCCUUCCUGCCCCCCUGCACCGGUUCACCCCCUCCGCCCAGCCGCUUCUCCGGUCCCGCCAAAUAAACCCCCUACCAUACUG